AUGAUCAGCGAACGUAGUGCCUCCGGGCGAGUCAAAAUCUUGACAGCGCUUAAGAUCUUAAUGCUGGAUUUUGGAGAGCGCUUCGACUAUUUAGAGAAGGAAGCCGCACUUUUACAGAUGCUCGGGCGCUACUGCGAACGUCGCUGCGAAUUGGCGAGCCAAGGUUUUGACAAAGCUGGUACGAUGCAGACGAAGGAGACAAUCGGCUAUGUGACUGGGUGCGCAGAGCAGGCUCUCAACUUUCAGCUCGCUUGUCCGGGCUGGCCGGGCGAUUUCAUAUUGCGCGGAGUACGUUCUCGAUUUUCAGCACGCGCUCGGUUUUCAGCUGGCUGCUUCGGUGCAGUCGGUCAAGCCAAGCUUGAUCUCCUGGAUUCAAGAAGCUUCCACGCGAUCCGAAAGUCCGCGCUUGGAGAGGAGUUUCGAUCAGAGCACAUCCAGAUGCGCCAGAUACGUGCCAACUUGCGACACCAUGUCAACAAGGUGGAAUAUGUCAACUGGGUGGUUGAAAACACUAUUGGAGUGAUCGAUCCGCGACGCAAGCAUGCAGGUCUUCGUCACCGCCGUGCCGUUGCCAGUCCAAGCAGCUUCAGUGGGGAGAUAACUAGUGAAGAGGCUGGCGGCAUCAGCGAUUGGGAUAAUGUCGAGUCUGCCGCUUCUAGUGUCGGCUCCGAAGAAGCAUCUGAUGUUGGGGAUGCUGAUAUCAAUACUGCUAGACAACGCGAGUUUGGGGAACAUCGUAAGAAUAGCCAAGAUGAUGGAGCAGCCGCUGCAGCAGCAGCUAAGAAGGUCGAGAAGGGUAAGAAGAGGUCUGAGCAUUGGGCGAAGAAUGUAAUCAGCUGCGGGAAAGAAAAUAUAGUCAUAUACAACGGUCAUCUGCGUUGCGACAAUAGCCCAUGCUGCCGAGCAGUUAUAAACACCCUCCUCGAAGAGUUGGAGAGCGUCUACCUAGCUGAAGGCUACGCGACCAAAGACGUAUUCAAGAUCCUGCUAAUGGCUCCGAAGGCGAAGAAACUACAUGCUGUAUCAAGAACCGGCUGUCAUGCUUCUUGUGGCUGUUAUGCUUCCUGUUAUGCUUCGUGUGGUCUCGUAUACAUGAAGAAGUGGCGCACCUCACAUGCCAACAAGACCUUCGCUGAUUCCAAACGGGCGUUUGGCGUGCCACCGGUGUUCUUCAUGUUCCGAGCUCUGCAGGGGCAGCUGUCCGACGUGUACACCCUGGCCAAGAGGAGAGAUCAUUCGGAGGACAACAUUGCUAGCACGUUGUCCGAGGUUGGAGACGCCGAAGUACAGACGCAAGCAGGGCAUUUUGACGAGCUCGUUGCUAUGCUUGAGAAUGGUACUCAGCAGGUGUGCCAGAGUGUUGCUGAUUCCCCUGCCGAGUUCAACAGGGACGCAGCUAAGAAGGAUAAUGGCGGAGACCAGGAAGAAGUUUGUCGAACCAAGAGUCAAUCGCGACAGAACUCAGCGACAGGCGAGACUCGUGCUGCUGCCGCUGCUGCCGCUGCCGUCGCUGCAAAUGAAGACAUGCCACCCGGUAUCGAAGGUGCACAAGAUGAGGAAGACAUGCUCAGCUGUAUUUCUCGCCGCGACUCUCAAGCACUCGUGUCUUGCACAUAUUUCCGGGACUGGAAUUCGCAAGAGAAGUCCGAGCUAGGCCAGCAAUCACAGCAGUGGCUUUGGUCCAAGAGCUCAUGGGCAGCAUCAAGCGCGUAG